CCGCUUCGUCAGCCAGUCUCGGAUGUAUCGCAGUGCUGUUCAAAAGACCGCAUACUCGAUAGCCGCUCCCAAAUAUAUUUAGGAAAUAAAUCCCGAAUAUUUUCGAAUCGGCCGCCAUUGUAAUUCGCGCCGCGCCUCGUCCUAGGUCGUCCGUCGAACGCCACUGACACAUUUCUGCGGCUCCGCGCGCCUUUUGAAUUUAGAACAGUUUCGGUUUUUCUUUCGAUACUGUGCUUUCCAUAUUGUACAAACUUUGAGUGGGACUCUGAAUUAUAGUGUUUAUAUUAAGUUUUUUUUUUUUUUGGAUUUUUUGAGAUGGAGAUCAGGAGGCGUGGCAGUCCAUCAUUUCUCACAUAUUGGAUAUUUUUAUUGCAAAUGCUAGGCAGCGCGCGGCGUGGCGCGGAGGGACACGGAAGGCUCAUGGACCCGCCGGCGCGCAACUCCAUGUGGCGGUUUGGCUUCCCCAACCCCGUCAACUAUAACGACAACGAACUCUUCUGCGGGGGAUAUGCCGUCCAGUGGGAGCAGAACCAGGGGCGGUGUGGCGUGUGCGGGGACGCGGAUAACCUCAACGAGCCACGGCCGCACGAGGCGGGCGGCAUGUACGGCAAGGGCAUUAUCACCAGGCAUUACAGCGUGGGGCAGGAAAUAGAAAUAGAAGUGGAGCUGACGGCCAACCACCUCGGCACGUUUGUUUUGAAGCUUUGUCCGAACAAUAACCCCAAGCAAGAGGCCACUCAGGAGUGCUUUGAUAGGUACCCGCUCUACAUAUCAGGCACUAGAGAUGACAGAUUCCUCAUCCCGCUGGACACGGCGAAGAAGGACACGUUUAGGUACAGGGUGAGACUGCCACCCUACGUCACCUGUACGCAAUGCGUCUUACAAUGGACCUAUUACACUGGAAACAUGUGGGGCAUUUGCUCCAACGGCACAGAGGCGGUCGGAUGCGGUCGCUCAGAGACGUUCAGGAACUGCGCUGACGUGAGCAUCAUCACCAGCACAGGGGGUCUGCCGCCGGCCUUCGCGGGCGACUUCCGUAGGGACAACCCCUUCCUAUUGUACUACAGGGACUUCAGGAUGCCUCUGAACGUCUACCCGCUCGUUAUCAGAAAUAAUAUGCUCAAAGAUAUUGAAAUGGAGGAAUUACGUGUGUUUAGCAACGAUAUCGAUUAUGAGACAGAAGCGGACAUAGGUCCACUCAUCAUUAGGGACCAAGUCUGCGUGCCGACUAAUGCCUACCGCGUGAUCCCGGGCAUGUUGAACUGGUGUCAGACCAACUGUCUGCGGUACCCGCCCAACUGCCCCGAGUCACUGUGCCAAUGCCCGCAAGAGUGCGAUGCGGUGGGCGAGCUGGAAGGACGGGAGGGCGCGGACGUGUACUGUCUGGACCAAUGCCUCGUGUUCCCGCCACGCUGCCCCAAGAACAGAUGCCGCUGCUACUGAUUGGACUUAAACAUUCUAAAAAAAAAGAUUCCGACGAAUUGAGGACCUCCCCCUUUUUUCGAAGUCGGUUAAAAAUACGCGCAAUCUGGACCUAUAAAACCAAUUAUCAUAACUACACAGGCCGCUAUAAAUACACGCCCGCGACUUCGUCCGCGUGUAUUUGUUCUCAAAAUCCCGUGGGAACUCUUUGAUUUUCCGGGAUAAAGAACCUAUCUUACUCUUCAAGUUUUUAACUAUUAUCUAUCUACCUUGGAUGAGUGUUUAAUUCACCCAAGCUAUAUUCCCAUGAAAAAAAUCAGGUCGCUCCUUGCCGAUCGGGUGAGCCAAAUGAAAAGCUAACAUACGUAACAUUAUGUAGAAGUUACAUUGAUUGUCUCUUUUCGCAGCACUGCAAACAUUGUGAAAAGGUUGACAGACUGAAAUGUAUAUAGCGAGCACUCUUUGACUUUGCUUAGACCUAAGGUCAGUCUCCUUUUAAAUGUGUGUAAAUUAUGAACAAAGUACGUACGCUCUAUAAAUUUCAGGCUAAGUCCAGUUAUAAUAUUUUUGUGUACAAUAAGGUGCCAUAAAUUCUAUAAUACUUUAUUCUAAUUUUCUUAUAAUAUUCUAUUCUAUUCUAUUCUAAAUCGAGCGCGUAGAUAUACUUGUAUUUUUUCACUCUAAUUACUUCAAUAGGAAAAUUAAUGAUUAUUACCGUGUUCACCAUACCUAAUUUGCCAUAAAAUAUUACUUAAAAUAAUUUUAGUUUUUGUGAGUUCAUUUUUUUUUUCGUUAUAUUAAAAUACAACAAAUAAUUAAUUAAUAAUGCAAUUCCUUAAUAUCUAGAUACUCUAGGUAGGUAGGUUCGUUAGAAUCUUACAUUUAGCAAAUUGAAAUUUGUAUUAAAUUAAUGUGAUUUAUAUUUUAAUUAUCAAACUUACUACUUGGGUAACUACUAAUUAUUAUUAGUUCAAUGACUAACUUUGGUUCAAUGACUAACAAUGUGGUCCUACACAUUGCAAUUAUUAUAUUUUUUGUAGGAAUAUUUCAUAUCAACCCUAACGUAAAAUAUAAUAAUAGAAAUGGGCAUUUUUCCUUAAAUUUGUAGAACGCGUUACCAUAUUCUUCUUUUUUUUUAAUUUGAUAAAAAAACAUUUUCGAUGUUCAGAUAAUAUUUUUGUACUUAAUGAUUUUCAAAACAUCGAUUUAAUGUUUCGUGUACAGCUGUAUAUAUAUAUUAUACUUAAUGCUCGUUGUAAAUCAAUGAUUUUUUAUAUUUCUA